GAUAACUUCAAGACAUCACCAAGAAGUCAGAAUUUGUGUUCCAGCAUGAUGACUGAGGGACUUUGGCCUGUGUGUCACCUUAUAUUUACACCCCAAUGAAUCAGAAAUCUGCUCUGCGAUGGACUGGCGACCUGUCCAGGGUGUAUCCUGCCUUCCGCCCAAUGACAGCUGGGAUAGGCUCCAGCGACCCAGAAGGAUAAGCGGUUUAGAUGAUGAAACUGUGGCGUUCAGGAAACUGUGGUCAGCUGAGCCACAUUCUUGCACACAUUCACACAUAUAUAUAUAUGGGUGGCUCAGUGCAGAGCAUCCUGAUAACUUCAAGACAUCAGCAAGAAGUCAGAAUUUGUGUUCCAGCAUGUCUCCAAAAUGGACAGUGCUCACUGUUCUCAUCUUCCACCUGUGUACGGCCAAAUUACAGCUUGGACCCAAACCUGGACCUGCGCCUGCACCAGACCCAGACUCCGAGCUAAUCACCUACGAUCCCAACUCCGCACCCUGUAAGCCUUCAUCUAACGGUUACAAGAACGAGAUAUUCAAUAAGCAACAUUUGGCCACGCUUAGGAAAUAUGGAACUGACCUUAAACUGUGGACUACAUACAUUAAACACAUUAAAGACCCUGCAAUCUGCUAUAAAACAUAUCGCAUAAAGAGCUUUCUGGAUGAAAGUGUGGCAAAACAAGUGGAAAAGGUUUGUUCACCAUCUGGAGGCAAACUCUUUGAAAGAGGAAAGAACCUGUGCAUCAGCAACAAGGCUUUCAAUUUCAUUGAGGUGCGCUGGAACGAAAACUGUGAAGCCUGGAAAGUUAGCAAUGUGACCCAGCACAUCAUUCUUGCUUGUGAUGAGAUUAAAAAAAAUGAGAUUAAUAAAUGCCUCCCUGUUCAUUUUGAAAAGAACCCUCAGAACCUUCUGCCCAAUAAGAAUUCCCCAAACUGCGGCAGCUGAGGAGGAGGGCUCAGUCGAGGUUGAGUGAGAUGAGUAGCUCUGUGCUUAUCAGUAAUCGUCCACAUGUAUUUUCUUUUUCCAAAAAUGUUUUGAAAUUUUUGACAUUUUCAUUUCAACAUACAAUUAAAUGUCUGAAUAUGUGCUCAAAUGA